UUGUGAUAAAAAAAGGAGUCUUGAAGAUACCCUUUUUGAUAUUUGAGCUUAAAAAGAGAAUGGGAAAUUGUGGAAGAAAUGGAGGUGUUAGACAAUACAUAAGAUCAAAAGUUCCACGUUUGAGAUGGACACCUGAUCUUCAUCAUUGUUUUGUUCAUGCUAUUGAAAAACUUGGUGGCCAAGACAAGGCUACUCCUAAGCUUGUUCUUCAAAUGAUGGAUGUGAGAGGACUUACUAUUUCUCAUGUCAAAAGCCAUCUUCAGAUGUAUAGAAGCAUGAAGAGUGAUGUCAACAAGCAAGCAGAGAGAAUGAGUAUUCAACCAAGAAAACAAGAGUCUUUAGAGGAUCUUGGUUGUCAUUAUCAACAACAAGAAGAACAAGAAGAUGAAGGGUGUGUUGAACAACAAAAGCUUUUGGUUUACCAAUAUCCAUUAUCUUUUAGCAGCAGCCCCAAUAUGGAGAGAACAGAUUCUACACCAUACUUUAACAGUGUUCAACCAACAAAAAGGGCUAGAAUAGAGAGGUGCAGCAGCCAGAGAAUACGUGAAGCAGUGAGCAAUGAGUACAACAGUAGAAAUGAUUAUAAUAUCCAUAGUAUUAUGGCAGAUGAGAAAAUUGAAGCAGCACAACCAUUGUGCAAUAGUACUACUCAUAUCUUUAAUCCUCUUACAACAAGCAAUGAACUUCAAGAAUCUCAAUUUUUCAAGGUAUUGAAGACACAAGAUUCAAGUAGGGAUUCAUCAAAGAGAUUCAAAUUUGAGGGCUCGAUGAAGAUAGAUAAUAUUCGAGAAGAAGAAGAGGAGGAUGAACGUGGAUUAUCGUUGUCUCUCUCAUUGCAUCGUCCUACGACUCAGAGAAGCAAUGCAUCGUCCAUAAUAAGUGAGAUUAGUGAAACAAUUUCUUCAUACUCAGGAGGCUUAAACUUGAAUGUUUGGCAUUCUUCAUCUGAAAAACAAAAUGUUAAUCUUAAUCUAUCUAUUGCAUUAUGAAACUUAAUUACAAGAAAAUUAAAUUCCCCCUUAGGUGAAAUUUUGAGAUUUUAUUUAGUCUUUAUAUAUAUUAAGGGGUGAAUUUUUACUUUUUUAACUGUAGUGUUUCUCUCUCUCUCUCUCUCUAUCUUUUUUUUUUUUUUUGGUUAUUAUUUUUUGUCUUUUUGUUCAU